AUGAAUCAAACAAGCCCUCAACAUCACAAGCAGCAGCCCUGGACACGGAAACCUGUGAACAGACCUGACCACCCUGCCGGUGCUCCUGCACCAAAACCUUUUUCCGCUCCGGUACCGUCUUCGUCUUCAGAAGAAGAACCUGGAUGCGCAAAACAAUUGGCUGCGGUCUGUUUCUUCUGGUUAAUCUUUGGAGGUUUCCAUCUUAUCGGUUAUUUAUAUUCGUUGGGAAAAAAUUAUAAAAAUAUAUGCCAAGCAGCUGAUCCUUUUAUUCUUGAAGAUGGAGUCAGUUAUAUUUUCAGUCCACCAACUCACCCGACCUGCGAAAGAUGCAGUACAGAUGACCGUGGUGAACAAAAUUGUUUUGAUGACUGCUUUGUUUAUUCUGAUAAUAGACACUGUCCAUUGACAAUUAAAUCGGAGCUUCACCAGAUCAGCUACGAGAUCACUUGGAUCGACAUCGACCCAACCAACAAUGGCGACAAUGGCUGUGGCGAUUAUUUGUCUAUCAUCGGGUUCGACGAAAAAAUCUGUGGAUACGGUGAUGGAUCAGAGCAGGGUUCGAAAUUUGCUGUUCACUCAGAGUGA